CACCAAUAUAAAGCGCGUCGUCUGCUAGAGCUGUCAGAGUUGUGUUGUGAAAGUGUCAGUGAAGUGCUGCGAGCUAGUGUAAAAGUGCUAAGUUAUUUAUUUGUGCUGUGUUAAAUCUGCGAAAUAUCAAGAUGUCAUUGGUGCCUUUCUUUGUUGAUGAGAUGCUGCGCGACCUAGAGAGACCUCUCUACGACCAACACUUUGGACUUGGUCUGUGGCCGUCGGACAACCUAAUCCCCACCACUCAGCUGCUCCGGGCCCCCCUUCGCUGUGGCUACAUGCGACCGUGGCGUCUGCUCGACUGGGACAACAGCGGCAUUUCCAACAUCAUUAACGAUAAAGACGGGCUCAAGAUUAACCUCGAUGUGCAGCAGUUUAAGCCCGAAGAACUCAACGUGAAAGUCGUCGACGAUUAUGUGGUCGUCGAGGGUAAACAUGAGGAGAGAAGUGACGAACAUGGGUUUAUCUCUCGCCAGUUCUCCAGACGCUACAAAAUCCCUGAGAAUGUGGACAAGAACGCUCUUAAGUCUAGCUUGUCCUCUGACGGAGUUUUGCAGUUGGAAGCUCCGAAGGUGGCUAAUCAUCCUGCUUCUGGAGAGACCAGCGUUCCUAUUGUACAGACCAACAAACCAGCGAUAAAGAACAAGGAGAAGAAGGUUGAGAAGAUGGAGUCCUAAGCUUAUUCAGCGUCAUUCGUAUUCAUUGUACAAACCAUGUAGGUUAGGUCCACUUUGCGUUUCACCUCUUAGCUUACUUAGCAAGACUGAACUAAGACUGAUUUUCCUUCUGUUUGUUAUUAUUUAACUAUUUCGUGUUUGUAUACUGUCACAUUUACCA